AUGUUGUUUGUUAAUUUGUACGUUGAUGAUCUCAUUUAUACCGGAAACUUUGAAGAAAUGUUACAGACUUUUAAAGGCUCUAUGAUGCAACAUUUUGAGAUGUCUGAUCUUGGGAGAAUGAAGUUUUUCUUGGGAAUUGAGGUAACACAAACUACUUUUGGCACGCACAUCUCACAGCAUAAAUAUGCUAUUGAGAUCUUGAAGAGGUUUGACAUGGUGGAUUGCAAUCCGGUUAUUAAUCCCGUAGUUCUAGGAAGUAAACUGGUCUCGAAUGAAGGGCUUAAGGUUGAUGCAACUAUGUUUAAGCAGAUGGUAGGCAGCCUGAUGUAUUUAACCACAACUCGUCCAGAUAUUCAGUAUGUGGUGAACUUAGUAAGCCAGUUUAUGUCAAAUCCCACCGAGAUGCACUUUGAAUGCGGCGAAGCGUGUUCUGAGAUAUUUAAAAGGAACUUUGGAUCAUGGCAUUUGACGGGGAACGAGCCACAUGAUGAAGAUGAUGACGCCGGUGAUGAGGAUGAUGCCGAUGAUGAAGAUGAUGACGCCGGUGGUUGGGUGGCCGGUGGUAGUGGUGGCGGGGUAGCCGGUGACUGGUCCGGUUUGUGA